GUACGAAAGAAAACAGUAGAAUAUUGGUUAUAAUAUUUAAUCUGUGGCGAGAAUCUUAAAAUACAUAGCGUAAUAAAACAUUGAGGAAUAUGUAAAAAAACAAGUUCUAAAAAAAAAAAAUUCACCAUUCAGAGAGAGUUAUACUGUAUGACUCCCACUGAAUGGUGAAAAUGAAUAAAACAUAUAAAAACAAACAUACAAAAGCAUACAAACUAUAGAAAAUAUAUGAAUAACCAGGUUUUCAAUCAUUCACUGAAGAACUUCAGCCUUCAUUGUGAGAUUUGGUUUCAACUGUUAUUCUAUUUUUAGUAACAGUGACCUUGACUCUAAGGGCCUAAAAUGCAAUUACCGGGACAUGAAAGUCUUCAUAAACUCUCACAGGUUCCAAGUCUGAGAAUAAAGAAACAGUAAACAGAGAACAGAACAGAGCCCCGAAAAUAAUCCCAAACUAGCUCUCCACAUGUUCUUAAUAUACCGGGUUGACCAAGUUUGGUGUCCAUAUGAUGAAAGAAACUAUAACUGUAGUUAUACACUGGAAAUGAAAUUUCUAUAAUUAAUAUAUCAUGAGGUAUAUUGAACAGCCUUCAUCAAAAUAUUGAUAAUUAUACGAAAACAGAAACUAUAGGUAAAAAAUAACAUGUUCACCAUUGAGGAAUAUGUAAAAAUGAAUUCAAGAGUGGUAGUAAUGUCAGAUAUUUUGGUUCAUUUUCUAUGAAUUUUAGCUUUCACUGUUUAUUAGUUGUUGAUCUCAUGUCUUUUGUAGUAUGAAAUAGGGUUUUAACAGCUUAUAUUGUCAAUCCUGAAACACUGACAGGAGUCUGUUCUGUUGUAUAUGAGAGAUUUCUGCCCAAAGCAGGGUAAAGGGACUUAUAUCUUUUUGAAAUUAUUUCCAAAGUCAUUUAAACUCAUUCCAAGGACCUUCCUACUGUUUUUGAUACAAAUAUAGAGCAAAAUACAGUCUUCACCACUGCACUAUAGUUAAAAGCUGUCAACCCUGAUUGAGGAUUAAUCAUGAACUUUAGAAUCCUUGAAUUGGAACAAAUUAAACUCUAUUUGACUACUGUAGUCAAUUGGCAAUUCCUUUUUAUUCACAUGUCCAAACAUUCAUUAAUUAUGCAAGAAGUCUUUAUUUACUUUUUGACCACUAACAAGUAUCAAAUUAUAGGAAUUUCAGUUAAACAAAUAGAAUCCAAUGCUAUAUACAUACAUAUUAAACCUGUAUACACGUUUUUACAGUAACGGCAUUAGACAAAAUAAAUGAUUGAAAACAACAGUUAAAAUAUCUUGAAAUAAAAGAAAAGUGCAAACCAUGGAUUACAUAUUGUUGCAUGUGCUUAGUUUUAAUGUUUGAGACAAGAAGCUGCCAGAAUGAAAUCAGCUAAACUCUACCUGACACUGCUGUGGAUUGUUACAUGCAGUGUCUUCACAACACUUUACAUUCUCAGUCUUUACAAUGAAAAUGGUGUUAAAACCUACCAAGUUGUUCUCAAGGGGAGGGAAGAAACAAUUAUAGACAGUUGUUGUCCAAAUAUCACUUCAAAGACUGAUAAAGACAUUGCAUCAUACACAAGAAUUGCUUCAGCUCAAAAUUCUACUGAACUGGUAAGAUUACAGUGGAAACAGAAAUUAUUCCAGGAAAAACCAUGCAAAGUAGAUCCCAGCAAUCUCAUUGGUCGAUUUAACUUGACAAAGUCAGUUACAGUAGAAGAAGUAACACGGGAAAAAGUUGCCAACAAAAUAAAGCCUGGUGGAGUAUAUAGGCCACAUGACUGCAAAUCUGUGGGGACUGUUGCCAUCAUUAUCCCAUACAGAGAGAGACAGACUCAUUUAGGGAUCACCAUUAACUUGCUGCACAACUUGCUACAGAGACAGAGGCGGGAGUACGGAAUUUAUGUGGUUGAAAUGAACUACCCAGUGCAAUUUAACAGAGGACUUCUUGCAAAUGCAGGGUUCCUUACAGCCAGAAGCAUAGGGAACUAUUCCUGCUAUAUUAUCCAUGAUGUCGACCUAGUGCCAAUGAAUGACCGUAAUCUCUACACGUGUGGACCUAAUCCUGUGCAUCUGGUUACUAGCAACACAAAUUGGAAAAACGGGCUACCCUACAGUGACUAUGUGGGUGGGGUAAUUGCCCUAACAGCUGAUCAGUAUGAACAAAUAAAUGGUUUCUCAAAUAUUUACUUUGGGUGGGGAGGGGAGGAUGAUGAUUUAUUCAAGAGAAUAAGAGAGAACAACAUGACCAUAGACCGACCUCUAAACCAUAUAGGCGUAUACAUGGCCCUGCCACAUAGAGAUGACUCCACAAACCCUGCCAAUCCGUACAGGGAACUUUUAGUUUCCCAGGCAACAAACAGAAUGGGGAGAGAUGGGUUAAACUCUAUGAAAUAUCACCGGAAAGCCCUUGAAUUCCGGCCCCUGUACACUUGGGUCCUAGUGGAAUGUGUGGAGAGCGAAGUGAUGGAAAACUACAUACACCUACGGGCUGACAGCGACCUUAUGGUCAAGAGAAGGGACAUGAAGAAACCAGAGACCGUCAUUCAACCAGGCGACGGGCGUGUGUACAAGUUUCGCCAUGUUAAAAAUUAAAGACAAUGAAAAGUACAUCGAUAACUUUUUUUUACCACAGACAAUAUUUUCAUAUAAAACAAGGCCUCACUGUAACUGUAUUUGGUAAAGCUCUUUGCAAAUGCCAUGCCAAAUAGUAUCAACAGAUGAAAUUAGGCUUGUAAAUAACAAAUUUAACCGUACAUAUUAUAGAAAAUCAUGCUUAUAUUACAACAUCAGUUCACAUGUAUAACAUGCCAAGAGACUAUGAUGUAUUUUUUUUAAAAAUAUUCCUGACAUGGAGCUCAAUCCAAUAAGCAUCCACCUGAAAGAUGUGAUAAAUAACCCCCAGUCAGCAGUGAACUUGUGACAAUAGCGCCACAUGCAGAAUUAAUACCUAAUUAAUGUUGUUUACCUAGUUUGGAAAAUGAAAUCAAGACAAAUUGCUUGCAUUUUAACUGCUUUUUCUGUCUACAAUGACACACACUACGUUUUCAUUACAAAGCAGACAUAACAAACAUGUGUAGCAGUUAGUGAAAGCAAUAAAUGAAUGAUAUCUCUUAUCGGUCGAAUAAGGCAUACCAGCGUCGCUAUGAGUGAAUUCAUCAGUAAAGAAGUUGGUCUAAUCUGGACAUAAGAUUAAAAGAUUAAUAUAUAUAUAUUUUUUUUCCUAUAAUUUUGCACUUGUGAUCAAUUGAAUAAAAGGAAUCAAUGUAUUUAUACAUAAAGUGACAUUAUAAAGCCUAAAAAAAAUAAUUGUUUGGUUAGGGUUACAUCCUUAAAAAAAAUAGGUAGGGUAGGUAGGCUUUUUAUUUUUUUUUAUUUAUUUUUUUUAUUAGGUUUUAUAUAAGAAAAUAAUUUUCAUCAUUGGAGAAUGGUGUUAAAGCUAUCUUCUGUAUAAGCAUUUAAGGUUAAAACUUAAUAUUAAAAAGCAAUUUAAAAAAAAACGAGAUUUUUUUUUUUUUUUUUUUUAAUUUUUCAUUUUUUUUUUCAAAUUGACUAUAAAAACGGUAGGGGCGGCGCCUAUUCCGUAGGUAGGGUCGGGUAACCCGAACCAAAUGUAUUUAUUUUUUAGGCCUAACUGGUAUAAUUCAAGUGAAAUUUCACAUUAAGUAUAAACGCUGGCCACCAUAAUGGACGUCAAAAAAUGACUGUAAAGGAGAUGGUAGGAGAUUGGCGCUUCACUUUUUUAGAUCUCAUAUCUAUAGAUAUAUAUAUACUUAUAUGGCUUAAGCUCAUAAUAAAUUAGGGGGUGGUGUUAUUUCUGGACAAAAAAACAACAAAUAGAAUUGUGCUAAAACUUUGUUAUUGUCAUUAGAAUUAGGUUGUAGAAAUGCUCUCUUAUCGCAAAGUCUCCACAACCGGUUUUACAUGCAGAAAUAUGAAACUUUCCUUUCAAGAUAAAUUUGUUUUGUGCCUUAAACAUAUAUUAAGUGCACAUUACUGGUAAGAAGGAAUAAAGAUAUGCUUAUGUAUACAGGAGGAAAAUAUUGCUGGGUUACGACAAAGCUACCGUAAUUUGUGUAUUUUUUUUGGAUUGUAUAAUAUUUACCAUGUAACAGAACCUUCUGAAGGAAUCUUCGAUAAGAUGUUGUAGAGCAUCAAUAAAAUAUUGAGAGUAAAUAUAUCUUAAAACAAAAGAGAGAAAACCAAGAUCUACCCCUUAAAAUUAAAUGUCUUCUGGUACUUUGAGGAAAAAUAAAAUGCUAACAGGAAACAUGACAAUACCUUAUACCCAUGUAUAACAAAAACUUAUUCACACCAGUGGCUGAAAUUAAUAAAAGCCCAUUAGACCUGCACUGGUAAAACACUUUCCAGGCUUGCUGAAAUUCUGGAUGUUAUGUAGUAGGGCUUGUUGGAAAUUUGAUGCCAAGCAGUAGUGUCUGUAUUUUGUUAUGCUUUGCAAACGACAUAAAAUAAAAUGGACACCUGGUAACUCU